CACUUGGCUAUGGACACCAACAUCUUCUCUCUUCCGGUCCUUCUUCUUCUUUCCCUUCUCUUCUCUCAACCUAUCCAUCGCUCUUCGGCAAGUGAUACCAUUUCUAUCGGUCAAUCUCUCUCUGGAAGCCAGACGAUGAUCGCCAAGGAAGGCAACUUUGAGCUUGGUUUCUUCACUCCAGGUAACUCCGGCAACUCCUACAUAGGCAUAUGGUACAAGAAACUCCCGGGGCAAACUGUUGUUUGGGUGGCAAACAGAGGCAACCCCGUCUCCAACGCCUCCGGUGCAGAGUUGCGUCUCUCCGAUAAUGGCAAUUUAGUCGUCCUCAACAGCUUCAAAGUCCCCGUCUGGUCUUCCAACUCCACCAUAUCAACCUCGAACGCCAGCGUGGCGGUCCUUCUCGACACCGGAAAUCUUGUGCUGAAAGAUGGGUCGAACUCGUCCACUCUACUCUGGCAGAGCUUCGAUCAUCCCACCGACACAUGGAUGCCAGGUGGAUGGCUUGGAGUGAACAAGAUCACAGGGGAGUACCAGAGAAUCACCUCGUGGGAGAACCCGGAGAACCCUGCGCCCGGGCCUUUCGCUCAUAGCAUGGACCCUGACGGCUCCAACCAGUAUGUUCUCCUGUGGAAUAGAUCUGAAAUCUAUUGGAGUGGCGGGCUCUGGAACGGCCAGUACUUCACCGGAGUCCCUGCAACCAAAGAAAGCACUGUGUUCAACUUCACCUUCGUCGACAAUCGUGACCGGAAGUUCGCUACGUACACGAUCACCGAUAGUGCUUUCAUAACUCGCUUCGUGAUCGACUCCGCCGGGCAGGCCAUGCAGUGGUUCUGGCUCAACACGACCCAGGAAUGGCAGACAGUCUUCACGCAACCAGUAGCUCACUGCGAUGUCUAUUCUCUCUGCGGGCCCUUUGGUAUCUGCAACCAGAAGAGCUCCCAACUCUGCCAGUGUCUGGUUGGAUUUGUGCCGACUUCGAUCCAUGAGUGGCAGCUGAAUGACUGGAACUCAGGAUGUAAAAGAAGAACUGGAUUACAGUGCGGGAAUCGAACCUCGGACAACGGAGAGAAAGAUGGAUUUCUGUUGAUGACCAACGUGGGAUUGCCUGCCAACCCAAGGAGAUUGACGGCUGGAAGUGAUAAAGAAUGCAAAGCAGCUUGCUUCAGCAACUGCUCGUGCACCGCAUACUCCUUCCAAAAUGGAUGCUCGAUUUGGAGCGGGGCUCUUCGGAACCUUCGGCAGCUUGAUGACGGUGACAGCGAGGGUGGCGGUCCUCUUUACAUCCGCCUUGCCUCCACCGAUCUCCCCAGUUCGAGCGGUAGUUCUCAUAAGCUGACUACAGGAAUCGUUAUAGGAAUAGCUGCUGGAGGAGUCGUCAUCUCUUUUUUCGUCGUCUUCGUCCUAAUUUGGGCUCGUCGAAGAAGGAAAAUAACCCAAACGCCAAAGCAAGCAGAUGCUUCUUUGGUCCCAUUUCCAUACAGCGAUUUGCAGCGUGCCACCAAGAAUUUCUCUGAGAAGCUCGGAGGUGGAGGCUUUGGCGCUGUCUACAAAGGUACUCUGCCAGAUUCGGCCGCGGUAGCCGUGAAGAAGCUCGAAGGGCUCAGGCAGGGCGAGAAGCAAUUCCGAGCCGAAGUGAGCACACUGGGUGCGGUUCAGCACGUCAAUCUUGUUCGUCUUCGUGGCUUCUGCUGUGACAGAGACGAAAGGCUUCUGGUCUACGAGUACAUGCCCGGCGGUUCUUUGGACUCGUAUCUCUCGGGAGACAACACUGCGGUUCUAGGCUGGAAGCAGAGGUACCAACUACUUCUCGGGAUCGCAAGGGGAUUGGCCUACCUCCAUGAGAGCUGCAGGGAGCGCAUCAUCCACUGCGACGUGAAGCCGGACAACAUACUUCUCGACGCAAACUUCUGCCCCAAAGUAGCAGACUUCGGCAUGGCGAAGCUGAUGGGGCGCGACUUCAGUCGGGUGCUGACCACCAUACGCGGAACCGUAGGCUACCUCGCGCCGGAGUGGCUCUCAGGCCUACCCAUCACCCCCAAGGUUGACGUUUACAGCUUCGGCAUGAUGGUCCUCGAACUGGUGUCGGGAAAGCGGAACUCGUCGCACUCUGAUGGGGAUAGCGGCGCAGCAUUCUAUCCUUACUGGGCCGCGAAGCAGAUCACGGAGGAGAACACACUGAGCUUGCUGGACUCCAGACUGGAAGAAGCUCCUCCUGAUGAGGAAGAACUAACCAGAGUGUGUAGAGUCGCCUGCUGGUGCAUUCAAGACGCGGAGUCGAAGAGGCCUACGAUGGGGCAGGUUGUGCAGAUUCUGGACGGAAGCUUGGAGGUGAACAAGCCUCCGCUGCCGCUGGGACUGAAGAUUCUAAUGGAAGAGGAGGGCAAGAUCGCGUACCAGUUGCCCUCCACCGACCCAUCGACCUCCGUAGCUACCGAUACGUCCGAGGAUUCCGUACCCCUCCAUGGAAGAUGACCUACUACAGACCAACACUAGUUCUCAAGCUGAAGAAGCUUCAUGGUUAAAGACGAACACCUUUUAUGGUAAGCUUUAUGCUGUACUCUUCCAUUCCAAUCGUUAUAGACCUAAUUAAAUGUUUGUCCUUUUAUCAAACUAUAUACAGAGAGAGACAGAGUUAUCCCUAUCUAAGUUCCACCUCUCUCUCUCUCUCUUCGUAUCAAAUUGGGAUGAAAGAUAUGGUUGAAAUAACCAGCAAUUUUCAACCUA